AUGUAUGUUUAUAGAGAAUUGUCUCAUGCUAUACAUUACUGUUUUAAAAAGAAAAUUGAAACAGAAUUUUUAAAUUUAAAAAAAAAAUUUAAAAAUAAAAAAAUGUUAAAAUUCAAACUUUUUAUAAUAAUUUGA